AUGGACCGCCUUCAUGUUCCAAUCAUGGCAGACUCUCUUCUCUCCUCCAUUGCUACCUUUCACACAACCAAAAUCAUUGUCACAAAUCCCACCAAGUACUCCUUUAUUGGAUCUAUUCCUGAAUCCAUGCUCGCUCGUACCUCUGCGUCGAGUAACGUUCUCCAACAAUACAAGAAGCAUCCAUCUUCAGGUCCAAGGGAGCUUACGCCAGCCAUGGUUUACUCCAUUGAAGAGGCUGACAAGCCAGCUAAAAGGGGCAAGAAGACUGAGAAUCAGAAGGAGGCACCUGUUUCCAAACCAACCAAGGGGCAAGCCCCCAAGAAGCGAAAGUCUGACAAGGCUGCUACAUCACAGGCUCAACCAAAAAAGCAGAAGAAGCCUGCUAGGAGGCUUGUAAUACAAUCCUCGAGUGAUUCAGAUUCAAAGUAUGUUCCUCCUAAACAUAAGAAUGCUCCUCCUUCAGAAUCUGAGAGCGAAAGCUCUGAUGAUGAGGCUUCGGGCCAAGGUAAUACUCCGCCUCGCUCUCCUACCUCAGAAAUUCCAGUUUGCUCUCACCCUCCUUCACCUCCACCUGUAACCAUCCCGAGUGAUGAUGAUGAUGAUGAGCCAGUUACAAAGCGUCAUCUCAAGGCAGUGAAGGACAAACUUGAUCAACUGCUCUCAUCCUCUUCCUCUGGAGCUUACUCUGAAGCGGCAUUAAAGGCUUUAUUCACAACUGUUGUUCAAGAACACAGUGCCUCACUCUCUACUGCAGCCAAAUCCAUUGAAGCAUCCACUUCUCAAUGCCAGCAAGCCUCUCUUGCUGCAGCAGCUACGAAGAAUGCUCAAACAGUCAAUGCUUCGAUGGAUAAUCCUCAACGUUCUCUUCAAUCUGAACGUUCCAACCUUGAAGCUGCUCGCCAGGCAAUUGAAGCUGCCAACGAAACUUUACAUGCUAACGUCAAUGAUCGAUUGACUCCACUGGAGGCUGAGUUAGCUGUAGAGAAUCAUAUCAUGGAUGAGCUAUACAGGCGAACCUCCCAGCUGAAAAUACAAAAUUACAAGCUGCGUACUGCUACUGCUGAGGUCAACGACCUAAAUCAUAUUGAGGGUGUUCUGGUGACUGGUGUCCAGCCGAAACAAGGGGGAGAGAAGGUAAAAACUCAACCUCCUUCUGGACCAAAACCAUCUACUGUACCGAAGGGUAAUGAAGCUUCGGUAAAGCCCUCUAAAAAGGAAAUGGAAGAAAACUACAAGAAACAAAAAGCUGAGCUCGAGCAAAAGCGAAAGGAGGCGGAGCUCCUAGAAAAGAAGAAGUCCAUGUUUCCUGUCUGGACUAUAGAUUCGCUUCAAAGAUGCGCAAUCGAUGAGCCAAGCAUUCUUUAG